AUGGUUACACAUGCCACCAAAGAACCAAGAAUCUGCGGGCUGUGUGGAUAUGAACUCUGGACUGAAGAUAACGGUCGAGUAAUCUACACAAUACCUUCAAAGCAUGACGAUAAAACAAAGGCUUUCGGAAAGUUCUCAUCCCAAUGCUCCACCAGUGGACCAGGCCUAAUGAUUCUUAAAGGUUUGGCAUUUAACCAGCAGAAUGGCUCCCUCGGCACCGAUUCCUGUCCAGAUCCUGCUCUCUCAGACAGCAUCAUCUGGCGUCUUGUACAAACACAUGAACGCUGGCAUUAUUCCAAUAUGGCUGUCGCCCUGCCCGUCACCUCUGCACAUUUCUUACCUCUGCCACUUAUCGGUCACCUUCUUUCCACUGGCUCGAACCAGGGUCAGCGACUUCUGCCGUGGCUGACCUCACUUUUAACUUCUGGCACUGAGGUAACAACACGUGAUCAACUGACCGAACUAUUACGACGCUAUGAUCGCAAGAUUCAUGCAAUAGCUGCCAGAUGUCAAUCGCCUGAAGGUCGGUCGACACCACAUGCCCUCUCAAAAAGCCUGACUUUUGAGGGUCAGGCAACCACCACAGUGGCCACGCCAACAGGCAUGACGACGUUUUCAGAUAAUCUGGAAUCGGCUAUCACAAGCUUAGGCGCCUGGAAAAGCUUUCCAUCAGUGACUGAAAAUCAAGCGCCCAAGUCUGUAGGUUCUAUCAAGGAAUUGCUCAUGUCAGAUACAGAUGAUUUUGUAGGCCUAUUAAAAGAUACUGACACUACAGCAGAGAAGGAACAAAAUACAGAGCUGGAUGCUUGGAACCCUCAAGCGGAGGCAGAAAAAAUUUCUUCACCAAACAGAAUCAUUCUGCCACCAGAACUUUAUAAGUGGCUACUAAAGUGUAGGAUGAACAAUGUGUUAGCUCAGAGCAGAAAUGAGUAA